UCGCGCAGUCUCGGUGAAGGAGCGCGACGUGUUUUUUUCGUUCCGCAAAUUGCAUUUGCUGUGCAGUAUUAUUUUCCACACAAUGGCACGAAUCAGACGGCCCGUGUGUACGAAUAAGCGCUGGAGGAGUGGACCUUUCGUGCUGGCUUUGGUGACGUUUUGGUGCAGAGCCUCGGCCCAGAUCAGAUACUCCAUUUCGGAGGAGGCGAAAGCGGGCAGUGUUGUUGGAAACGUCGCUAAAGAUUUGGGACUCGACAGGAGUGCGCUCAAAACUCGAGAUUACCGUAUUGUCGGGAGUGGGGCGGAACCUCUUUUCCACGUGAACGCAGACGACGGCGUCCUGUACGUGAGCAGAAAGGUGGACAGGGAAGAGGUAUGCGAGAGAGGUAACGCUUGUGUGAUCAACCUCAAAACCGUGUUGGAGAACCCUUUGGAAAUUCAUUAUGUGGCCAUUGAGGUGAUAGACGUCAAUGACCAUGCGCCAGUGUUUCCAGAGAAACAAAAAAGACUGGAGAUACUGGAGUCCACAUUGCCAGGGGCGAGGUUCCAGCUCCAGCCGGCCAGGGACGCAGACGGCGGCCAGUUUUCAGUACAACAAUACAAACUGAGCAACAGUGACCACUUUCGUUUGGAGGUGAAGGAGAGGGGGGAGGAUCGUAAGAUGCCCUUUCUGAUUCUACAGAAGCAGCUGGACAGGGAGGCUGGGAAGGAGCACCGGCUUGUGCUCACCGCUGUAGACGGUGGCCGGCCGGCAAGAUCUGGAACAAUCGACAUUAUUGUUGCUGUGCUUGAUUUUAAUGACAACGCACCAGUUUUCACAAAAGAUGUUUAUUCGGCUGUUUUAAAUGAGAAUGCACCUGCUGGAACAUUAGUGAUGCAGGUCAAUGCGACGGAUUUAGAUGAGGGGGAAAACGGAGAAAUCAUUUACUUGUUUGGCAAAGAAGGGGACGCGCAUUUGCAAGAGCUGUUUAAUAUUAAUCCAAAGACUGGCGAAAUUAAAGUAGCAGGUCAAAUAGAUUUUGAAAAAUGUCAUAGUUAUGAACUUGACAUCCAAGCUUCAGAUAAAGGGACAUUCCCUUUGUCCACUGACAAAACUGUGACAAUAAAAAUCAUAGAUGUAAAUGAUAAUCCUCCUGAGAUUGAUGUGACAUCAUUUUCAAAAUCAGUCCCAGAGGACUCAAGGAUUGGAACAACCGUAGCUCUAAUAAGUGUCCAUGAUUUGGAUUCAGGCAGAAAUGGUAAAAUUUCUUGCUUUACAAAUGAAGACAUCCCUUUUGUUAUUUCUCCAUCCUUGCAAGAUAAUUUCUAUGCAGUCAUGACAAAAUCACAUUUGGACAGAGAAGAGAAGUCUUUUUAUGAGAUCAAGAUAGUUGCAAAGGAUGGUGGUGAGCCAUCGCUGUCAUCAGAAAAGACAAUCAGUGUGGUUGUCUCGGACGUGAAUGAUAACACACCUCAAUUUUCACAGAAUCCAUAUACUUUUUAUGUCAGUGAGAAUAAUGUGCUGUCUGCGCCUGUAUUUUCAGUCAGGGCAUCUGAUCAUGAUGAGGGUGAAAAUGCACAAAUCUCUUAUCACAUCUACAGGAACAGUAGUGACGGCACUGGUUUGUUUUUGAACAUUAACUCUGUGACAGGAAGUAUCGUGGCGCUAAAAAGCUUUGACUUUGAGACACUGAAAAGUUUCAAUUUCCAAGUGGUGGCCACCGAUGGUGGA